UGCAGCCAGCAUCUGUCCCUUCGGCGUCUGUAAUAAAGGCAGCCAAAGGGGCGGACCCUUGUGGGCUUGCAGAGGUCUCGCCUGCACCGCACCUUCCCACGCCUCGCUCGCCAUGCCCAACCAACAGAAGAAGAUCAUUUUUUGCCUGGCCGGGGUGUUAAGUUUCGUGUGUGCCCUCGGAGUUGUGACAGCCCUGGGGACACCGCUGUGGAUUAAAGCCACCAUUCUCUGCAAAACCGGGGCCCUGCUGGUCAACGCCUCCGGGCAGGAGCUGGACAAGUUCACGGGUGAGCUGCAGUACGGCCUUUUCCACGGGCGGGGCGUCCGGCAGUGCGGGCUGGGAGCAAGGCCCUUUCGCUUCUCCUUUUUCCCAGACUUGCUGAAAGCCAUCCCAGUGAGCAUCCACGUCAACGUCAUUCUCUUCUCCACCAUCCUGACUGUCGUGACCAUGGCGGGCACGGCCCUCUUCAUGUACAAUGCUUUUGGCAAACCCUUUGAGACUCUGCAUGGUCCCCUUGGGUUGUAUCUGCUGAGUUUCAUUUCAGGCUCCUGUGGCUGUCUAGUCAUGAUCUUAUUCGCCUCUGAAGUGAAAAUCCACCACCUCUCGGAAAAAAUCGCGAAUCAUGAGGAAGGAACUUAUGCCUACAAAACUCAGGGCGAGACCUACGCCACCUGCUUCUGGGUGGUCUUUGUUUGCUUUUUUGUUCAUUUUCUGAAUGGGCUCCUAAUACGACUCGCUGGAUUUCAGUUUCCUUUUGCAAAAUCCAAAGAUACAGAGACAACGAAUGUCGCUGCGGAUUUGCUGUACUGAGAAGCAAGCAUUCCUGUGACUUUCCAAGGAAGGGAUGGAUGGGCCUUGGUCACCUUCAGAGGCAGUGAGUUUUGUCCAUCCUUUACUACACACAGCAGCCGAACCCUGCGCAGCGCUGUUUACAGACGGCACUGAGGACACAGGCGGAAAGGGAGGGAGGCAGAAGGUGUGCAGAGUGGCCUCACUGUGGGGGGCGCUUGACCCAGGGGUCCAAGGCAGGGGCUGGGACUGCGGAAGCGCAAGACGCCUGUUCCAUCAGGGACCAAGUGACAGGCACGUGGGAUAUAUUUUCAUAGAGACAAAUACUAUUUCUGAUACAGUCACAUAUUUGUUGCCACAGAUACCAGAAAACAGAGCUGGAAUUGCUUUCCCCAAUUGAAAGUGCAUUAAAUGAACAUCUCCAAAAUGUACCAAUGCACUCCUUUAAAAAAAGUUUGCUUAAAGCACAGUCUUAUGAACAAUGCCUGCUGGUCAAAAUCGACAAACCUCAAAAGACAGAAAAGAAACAACACAGUGAGCAUUUCCCCUGGGGCCCGAGCCCCAAGUGCACCCUCAGCAGCUCCCUGGGGCCCGAGCCCUGAGCGCACCCUCAGCAGCUGCCUGGGGCCCGAGCCCUGAGCGCACCCUCAGCAGCACUCUCAAUGGGCAUAAUUACUGGGACCACCAAGAAAUUAUGAAAAAUGAUUCCUGUUGAUAAACAGAUUGAGAAAUGACUCACCCAGGGCUCCUCCGGCUGCAGCGUCUCAGCGCCAACGCCAGAUCGGGAAAGCAGAUUUAUCCCGGGAUUACCACUGUGUCUCCUUGGUCUUGCGCUGGCUGUGACUUCACAUGACCCAAGUCACUUUUUCCCCUGAAAUACCUAUGAAAUCGACCUGCAGCGAACCAAAGACCACAGUCGAGCUUGGUACUGACCCUUCCUUCUCCUCAAUCUGAGCUCAGGAAAACGCUCGUCCUGGCUGCAGAAGCACAUGCCAGUAAUACCAGUGACUCAAGAGGCUGAGGCAGGAGGCUCACAAGUUCGAGGCCAAACUGGGCAACAUACUGAGACCCUGAAAGAAUUUUCAAAAAGGGCUGGAGGUGUAGCUCAGUGGUAGAGCAUCCCUGGGUUCAACCAGAAGAAAAGAACUGAAAGCUUCAGGAUAAAAACAGGACAGAGAAACGCCGGGCCUCUGACCACAGUUGCUGUGCACUCAAAGAUCGUCAUUCGCAGUUAUCAUCCCGGUUAUUUCACCUUCUUCCUUCUGGAACAGUUCACGAGGAAGAAGCCCCUGUCUGGAUGCCUGAGAGCCAGGUCAGGGGUGAUGGCCACUCACAGGAGGAUGCAGACCCACCCUGAGUUUCUGGAAGCCCAGAGUCCAGUGGUGAGGCGCCCAGACCCCCGGCUCCAGCUUGUGGGAAAUAAUACUCUGGCCACAGCAGCGGCCAGCAGGGCAGCUCCUUGGCCCCAGGCCAGCUUCCCUCGGGCCCAGCUCUCCGUGGCCUCCUCCUCUUGGACACUUGGAAAAGUCCCCUAGCACCAAGCUUUCUUCCUUAGGAAACAAGACUCCAGUUGUCCUCUGUUCUGUAAGAAGGAAGCGGCUUGGGAGCAGCCGCCGGGAAUCUAACGAGGACCUCAGAGGCCCAGCAGCAAUGUGGCCUCUGUGGGAAACAGAGGCGGGGCCACACAGAGCCUAUGUCCCCAACAACAUGCCUGGGCACUCGCAGCGGUGCCUGCCGCCUCCCUCUUCCCAGAGGUGCCUGCUGUUGCCCUUGGAGGCGGCUCUGGCCAGCCUCCGCCUGGCUCCUCUCUGCAGGGACCAGGCACCAGAGGCCCAGGGACAGACAUGCCUUCUGCUGUGACUGCUUCUUCCCAGGCAGCCAGCACUCUCACGAGGAAGUGGGGCCCCCUGCUGGCUCAGGGGCAUUGUCACCAGACACCUGAGCGUCCACACUUAUGAUGCUGCCCGCAAGAAGUGGCAGGAGGGUCCACGAGGGCCAGCCAAGUCCUUCCAGGCAGACCCUGCCAUCGCCUGGGACAGGAGGGUCCAGGAUCAGUGGGCUCAAAGGCGGGCGUUGCGUCCUGGACCUCGGGGCCACGCAGUUCACAGAGCACUCUGCUCCUGGUCCACCUGCUCUCCAGGGAGGUCGCCUUCACCCCACGUGACAGGGGCUCAGGGGCCACCUGAUCGGCUGGUGGCUCACACAUUUGCAUGGUCUGGGCAGUCAGGCAGGGAUGCAGUAUUCCAGAACGCUCUCUGACAGUCUGGGGAGAGAGCCUGGGAGAGAGGGCUGCCCUUCCAACUCUGCGGGCGUGAGGGGCCCCGCCCCGAGGUGGGCAUGGCCUGCCGCUGACGGGUGUUCCCUCAGCUGUGUACCUGCAGAGGCUGGACAAGACCCCGGGUGAUUCCAUGGAAGGGCAGGGGCUGUCACCUCCCGUCGCUUCUCCUCCGGGGUCCGGUAUCCUUCCAAGCAGUGACUCUUACAGGGUGCUGUUUAAGACCAGUCUGGAGCCACCUGCCCUGAUUUUCUGCCCUGUUGCCCGUGGUCCCCUCUCUAGGGGAAAAUAAAGAAAUGUAUCAGGUCUAAUUCAGAGGCAAGGACGCCAGGCUGUCCUUCCUGUGCUGUUUGGUGCUCAGUGUGUGACUGGCUGAUGUUCCUUCUCAACCCCCUUCACCAGGACAGCUGGCUGUGGCUCAGAGCUGAGAGCCACCUCCUCUGAGUGACAAGGGACCAAGCAUCCUGGUCAGCUUAGAGGAAAGGGGGCCACUUCUUGAAACUAAAGGGAGGGAGGAGCCUGGGCAGGGUGGGGGCCCAACUUCUGGGCUGCAAGUCCCCUCGGGAGCGACCCUCCGGCUCACGAGGCCACCAAAGCAAACGGAAUUACAUUUGGUUUACAGACUUUGAUGCCCUUCCCCCAGCUC